UAAAACCCACGAGAGAAUUCCAAGAAAAUCUUGAUUUAGUAGAUAUCCAGAAGAGAUCAAAUGGGGAAAGAUAAUGAGACCGGAAAGUUGGAGUGGAGGAUAAAUGUGGAAGAUGGGACAUCGGAGAGGUUGGAUCCUCCUGCAGGUUCAGGUUUGAGCAGAAGAGUUGCGGUCUGGUUCAAGUGUCUGGUGAUGAACCGGUUCGUUCUUGGAACGGUCGCGUCUAUGGAGAAAGCAUGGAGGAUUGGAGCAGAGGAGCCGACCAAAGUGGUUCACUGUCUGAAAGUGGGACUGGCACUUUCACUUGUAUCCAUCUUCUACUACAUGAGACCCUUGUAUGAAGGUGUUGGAGGGAAUGCUAUGUGGGCUAUUAUGACCGUUGUCGUUGUCUUUGACUCCAAUAUUGGAGCCACAUUCUCCAAAUGCAUCAAUAGAGUGGUGGCCACAUUGUUAGCAGGGUCUCUCGGAAUUGGUGUGCAUUGGAUGGCUGCUCAAUCGGGAAGUGGCGAGCCACUUGUCAUCGCCGGCUCGGUUUUUCUCUUUGCUUCAGCGGCUACCUACUCCCGGUUCGUGCCCUCGUUCAAAGCCCGGUUCGACUACGGAGCCAUGAUCUUUAUCCUGACGUUCAGCCUGGUUUCAGUGUCGGGUUAUCGAGUUGAUAAACUCAUUGCAUUGGCUCAGCAGAGAGUGUCAACCAUUGCCAUUGGAACGUCUAUCUGCAUUAUCAUAAGCAUGUUCUUCUGUCCCAUAUGGGCAGGAGUUCAGCUUCACCAUCUCCUCCAGCGCAACCUGGACAAACUCGCCGAUUCCCUGGACGGAUGCGUUGCAGAGUAUUUCAAGGAGAAGGAAGCUUCGACGCAGAAUGAAGAUGAAGACAUGAACAAGAAAAUUAAAGGGUUCAUGUGUGUGCUCAACUCUAAGGGACCCGAAGAAUCUAUGGCGAAUUUUGCAAGAUGGGAACCAGCUCAUGGAAGUUUCAACUUCAGGCAUCCAUGGAAGCAAUACCUGAAAGCAGGAGCUUCCAUGCGCAGAUGUGCUUAUUGCCUUGAGAAUCUCACUAUCUGUAUCAACUCAGAAACAGAGGUGCCAGACCAUCUCAAGAACCAUCUCAGAGAAGCCUGUCUGAAACUCAGCUCAGCUUCUUCCAAGAUCUUGAAAGAGUUAGCCAAUGCGAUGAAGAGCACGACAAAAUCAUCCAGUAUGGAUUUCCUGUUGUUCGGGAUGAUCUCUGCAAAACAAGAACUUCAAGAAAGAUUAAGAACGGUGCCGGAACGAAUCGAAAAGCAUGAAGAAGGUGAAGUUAUGGAGAAAGAAGGUGGAGAAAACAGACGAAGCAUGCAUGAAGUUCUUCCACUGGCCACUCUCGUGUCUCUGUUACUCGAAAACACAGACAGAAUCCAAGAAAUCGUUAGAGCAGUCGAAGAACUGUCGAAUCUUGCGGGUUUUAAAACGGGUUCCCAAAGGAAAUCCGACACGAAGCCAAACAACCAUCACUAAAUUUCCUCGUCACUUCAUUACCCAAAAAGAAGGAAAAGGAUCCGAGCGUUCGUGUCUCCGAUGAUUCAUUCUCCGCCGUCGGAUCUCUGAUCAGCUUUUUUCGCAUGACUCCACCUCAUCCGUCCGAUGAAAAGAUUACCGAAGAGGAAGAGUCCAACGGGCCUUCACUUUUAAGCCCAACUAAUCUGAUACGGGCUUCUUCUAUUGGGCCUGCAAAAUCCACUCACCCCCGAACCAGUGCCUUUAUUUUUUUUUUUUUUAAGGAAAUAGAGGUUAAGACAAGACAUUAUGAUUUGGAUUUCGGCUAGUGUUUUUUUUUUCCUGAAACACCAUGUGUGAUUUAUUAUUGGGUUUGGAGAUUAUAGCUAU